AACAGUUGCCCUCAUUCCAAGUUGAUCGCUAGCUGGCUACUUUUAGCAGCUGUGCAAAUGCAUAGUCGCCGUCCACGGGGGAGUGUAUUUUCGCUUUGCAAGAGUGCGAACGCCUGUGCAGCCGAGCUGUACAAAAGCAUUUUGUUCAAAACAAGACUAGUCCUGCAGUUACUUAUCCUGUGUGGUGAUUGCUGCAACGAGUGACACGGUAAUGACACCCGCCCUGCAAACGCCUGGACACGCCUGCGUUUUUCCAAACACACCAAGAAAACGAUUGGCACCAAAUCAGAUCCGUGGGUUAAGAAAGUCACGGGGCGUUCCUUGUGCUCCCUUAGAAUAGGACUGCCUCUUUCUGGCUUCCUUCAGUUCCAUUUAAAGCUCAGUGGGGCUUUAAUGAAAACGUGUCUGCAAAUAUCUCAUUCAAGUAACAAGAUGAACACUAUUCUAGCUUGCCAAGACCAGUACUUUGCAGGGGGUCAGGGCUAUGAUUGCCCAUACUUCUCCACAACUUCAGCGGCCAGUGUUGAUGUUUCCAAGGAUACUUGGGUCUCUCUCUGGACUUCUGGUCUCCAGGACGACAGAUCAUGCAACCCAGACCCACAGUCCCACGGACAUUCAUAUAUUGGGUGCACACUUCAAGAUUACCUUGGGGAAGAACAGUUAUCUUCGCAGAUGUUCACAAACAAACAGCUCCAGGAUACCUUGGUGCAGAGAGAAGAGGAGCUGGCCCGCUUACACGAGGAGAACAACAAGCUAAAGCAGUACCUGAGCUCAACUUUUGUGAAGUGCUUAGAGGAGAAGACGAAGAAAUUGCUAUCUCAGCAUACUGUUUGUGCCCCACUAAAGAGGAAAUGCAGAGUUAGCAGCCUUGCCUCCCCUGACCCUGCUGCUAAGAAGGCCAAGAGGAAUCUAUUCAAUGAAUUCACUGCCUGCGAGGAACAAUCCAGCCCCCCUGUGGAAAACUGGGUCUUGCAAACCCUGGGACUGAAGGAUGUCAACACGAUCGAUGAUUCUGCGUCAGCUAACUACAGUGCCAUAGCCACAGAGCUGGCCAGCAGCGACUAUGGCAAUGUGAAGGACUCCCCAUCAUCUGGAUACAGCACCGUGCACCUGACACCUGUACACAGCACCUGCACCCAGGACUCUCCCUCUUACAUGCAGGAAGUCUCUCCAACAUCAUGUAGCCCUACAUCACUGCCAAAGAGCGAGCCUGUAAGUCCCUUUGGGUCUCCUAUCUACUACACCCCUGAGGUGUCCCCAAACAAAACUGAAGUUGCCUUCUCUACAUCACUGAACCCCCAUUGCAAUGUGAAAACCCACAGCUUCUCCAACGGGCAGGCAUUUGUCCGCAGAGACGGGGAAGGGGGCUGGAAGUUCACAUGGGUGCCCAAGCAGUCUGAAUAAUGCCCGGCAUGGGGUCUAUUCCUGGGACUUUCCGGGGCGUUUUUGCACUUGACUAGUCAUGAGGACCUGUGAAGAUUGUUCAGGACAGAAGCGUGAUACACAUCCCGAUGUUGCAGUCUACAUAUAUAUAAACCAUUGCCAGUGCUAAUAAGGGAUCUUCAUCUGUUUACAUGUGAAUCUGUAUAGAUAUAUUUUCCGUGAAAAAUAAGUGAUAUGCUAACAGUAUUUAUUUCUGUUUUGGUUCUAAGUGCAAUUAACGCCAGUGCAGUUCUACAGUACAUAGGUAGUUCUGGGAAAGCCCCUAUGUAAAUUGCUGCCUGCGAGUCCUUUUCUCACUGCCUUGUGUAUUGUGCGGUGGAGUUUUCGCCACAAUACAUAUGAACUACCUGCAUGAAAACUGCUGUAUGCUGACUGUGAACACAAAAGACGUUUAUUUCCUGCUCCCUGUACGUCAGUGUAGUUAGUCUACACUAGUCACUGCCAGGCUGUACAUGUGUGGGCAGGUGCACAGCCCUUUGUCUCCUCAUCUCUGAUUAACAUGCGGGGUUCCCCAAUAACACCGAUGUACCAAGCCUAUUUAAUGCAUUAAUGAGGAGCAGUCUCCUGUGUUCACCUGUAUAUAAAUAAACCGUAAACUAUUUUCCGAA